AUGGGUAUGAGUGGACACAGCGAAGGAAUCCGUCACGAAGAAGGUGAAGGACCUGGCGCGGGUGCUACGCUUGGAGAGGAUAAUGCCAUGGUGGACCAUUUGCACCUUCUGGUGCAAGGAAUGAGACAACUUCAGCAGCUCCAGAUGAACCGCAAGGACCACGGUGAGGCCGAGGCUGUGAAGGGGAGUGUUGAAUUGCAGCGAAUGCCGGAACCGGGGGAUGCGGCGGUGGAGUUCAAUGACUGGAUGUACAUAACGGAGCAGCAGUUGGGGGCCCUGACGGACAACGCGAGUUCAUGGUUCUCCAAAUGCUUGUCCUGCGCAAGAGAAGCUUAUGUACGCUAUCAAGGGGCCUCAGCUUUAGAACGCCUGAGUGUGACUCCGGUGUUGACAGAGGACCUCAAGGGUGAGAAGUGGUUCCGGCUGGAGCGUCGGGUCCUGUCGCUUCUCCUUGCAGCCAUGCCGAAGGCUGUACGGGAGGACACAAUCACACACAGAGUGGAAAGCGUUGCAGGAGUACUUUUUCGCCUCCACGUCAUCUACCAGCCGGGCGGGACAAUGGAGCGGACGGCCAUCCUGAAGCACUUGGAGGGUGCCCCUGGCUCGGAUGAUCCCGGCGAAGUGGUAGCUCAGCUGCGAAGGUGGAGGCGCUACUUGGCCAGGGCCGAGGAGAUGUCGAUCGCUUUGCCGGAUGCGAGCUUACAGCUUCGAGGGAUAGAGUUGAUUGUGGCCAAGGUUUUGGAGAAGUUCGCGGACGUGAAGUUUAGAUUGGCCCUGGCAAGAAAUGAGCUCAGGCUUUCCUCGUCACCUACCUCGGACACGGUGUUGAAGUACUACCAGCACGCCUUGGCUGAGCUCCAGCAAGUGACCCCAAAUGUGAAGAACAAUCAAGAAGGAGCCCGGCUAAAGGGAGCGAGUGCAAACGCAACGACAUCAUCAGGGACGGGAGGUUCGGGAUCUCCCACUGCGUCGCCAAAGAGAGGCAAGAACCCCUGCAAGUUCUUUCAGAGUGAGGCUGGGUGCAAGCGAGGUGCCAACUGCAGCUUUGCCCAUGAGUUUCUUUCAAAGGCUGACCGCAAGCAACGGUGUUGGACUUGUGGCGCGGCCGGCCACCGCCAACAGAACUGCCCCACAGUCAGUGGAGAAGGGGGCAAGGGAGGUGGAAAGCACCAGGGCCAGACGUCUUCGGCACCCUCGACGAGUACGGUCACGGCGGCCAGUAUGCAGUCAGCAAGCACUGAGGCAACCCAGACAGCUCAGGCUACCUCUACGGCGGCAUCCUCCACUACCACAUCGGCUACCUCGCCACCGACAGGAGACGAGACAGCAGCACAUCGAGAAGAGAUGAAGAAGCUUCUCAAGGAGGCGAGCUCUAUGCUCAGUAAAAUCCAGCUGAUGGCAGCGCGGGUGGAGGACACAAACAAGGCCACCGAGGACUUGGAGUUGUUGUUGAGUCCCGUGAGUGCCGGUGAGUUUGAUCAAGCAACCAACGUUGGGGUGGAGUUGGCGGACGGUCAGAUGGUGGAGCUCAGACAAACCACCACAGAUGAAGCGCUGCGCCUCAUCGCAGAGAUUGAGGACAAGAGUUUGGAGAAGCUACAACAGGCGGGCUUGAACUACCUGAAGGCCCUGCCGGUGAACAGGAAGGCCAGAAGAAGGUUGCAGGGGUCGCGCUGGAUAGUCCAUCUCUACGACGGAAAGAACGAGACUGCCUCCGAGGAGUUGAAGAAGCUUGAGACUGAGAACGCUGUGGUUCUGGAAAUUGACCUGCAGCGAUCUAAGGUGUACAACAUGACGGGUUGGAGCAACAUCAUGAGGGCUUUGCUGUGGGCCGGAUGUCGUGGCCAGCUGGAAGGCCUUUUGGGAGGCCCCCCGCGAAAGGGUGGCGAUGAGCUGAGACACAAGCUGAUGUAUUUGUGGAUGGUGGCAGAAAGGGGUGCAGCAAUCCGCAACCUGAGAAGGCCCUUCCUGUUCAUGGAGUACCCGGGUAAAAUGGAUUUCUGGAGCCUCCCAGAGUGGCGAAACUUCCGAGAUGAGUACCAGCUUUCGCAUGUGGAGGUGAACGCGGGACAUGGUCAUGUGUUUCAUGGGGCCACCAACAUGAACUUCAGAAGCUAUUUCAAGAACACCGAGAUCCCCAAAGGAGACCCUCCAACAACAUGGACUACAGCCUUUAUGAAGGAGAUCCUUGAAGGGGUGAAGGAAUGGAUCAGGUGGCCAGAUCAAGUUCGACAAGCACAGCUUCUUUGCAAAAUGGACGGCAGUCUUGAAGAAAUGAGCGAGAGGGAGCUCAAGCAAUGGGCCAAGCACGUGAGGGAUGGUCACGUGCCAUUCAACAAGCGAUGCCGAACCUGCGUUACAAACGCAGGAAUUGAUGCCGACGGCAAGUACCGCUAUGCCCUAGUGGGAUCCUACUGUAUGCCAAGGCUUGAGGGGUACAAAGACGUGGUCCACUACACCCAGAAGCUGAUGGAGGACGUGAUCCAGGUCCAGUACACCCAGAAGCCGAUGGAGGACGUGGUCCAGGUCCAGUACACCCAGAAGCCGAUGGAGGACGUGAUCCAGGAAGAUGAUGGUUUCUUGGCCGAGGAGGAGGAGCCUGAACCAUUUCCAGAGGAAGAUCGGAUGGAUCUGGACCAAAAGAAUGAGGACUACUGCAAGAUGUACAAGGAAGUCUUUGACCAGGUUGAUGUGAACGCAGCCAUGAGGCGGAUGUACCUACAAGUUCGUCAAGAAGGACAUCCCAUCACCCGUGUCCACUCGGACCGCGCGAGGGAACUGAAAUCUGCGGCUCUCCGGCAAUGGCUCUACGAGAAGGACGUUUGGAUCACUACUGGUGAAUCGCAGACACCUCAACAGAAUGGCAGGGCCGAGGCCAUGGUCAGGAGUGUGAAAAGGUAUGCAAAGGUGCUGUUGGGAGCCUCUUCAUUACCGAGAGAAUGUUGGCCCUUGGCAAUGAGUUAUGCUGCUCAACGGCAAAGAAAGCGAUCGUUGGGACAGCCUACUACCAAGGACCCCACCUUCGGAGCCAGGGUCGCAGUGAAGUCAAAGGUCUUUGGAACUGGAGGAUCCUAUGAUCUAGACCCUCGGCGCGAAGGUCGGUUUGUGGGCUACAGCAGUGACGUGAAAAAUGGUUUGGUCGUCAGAUAUGAUGAUGGCACUUUUGUUACGAGUUGCCAUGUCCGCGAAGGUUUGGUCGAUGCUGAAGCCCUUGCAGAUGACGGCCCGGUGGAGGUUGAGCUACCAAUGCCUGAAAGGAGGUUGAGAACCAAGGCCCGGUUAGCACUGAUCACCAACCCGUACGAGGACAUCGAAGCCUACGCGAAGGAACUGGACGUUGAGGAAAUGUAUGAGCCCGGGGACGUGUUGAAUCUUUGGGAGAAGCUGAAGACUAUUCCGCGACCAACGAGAAGAGGCGCAAGGUCUAUGGUGGUCAAGGACAACGGAGGUUCCUUCUAUGCGGGCUGCUAUACACAUGGUGGCGUUUGUGGUAUCAUGAAGUUGACAAGGCAGCUACCAAAUGUCACCGCGUACCUGGUGAAGGCGGCAAAGGAGAUGACCGGGAAUGGCAACUUUGGGAGUGUGGCCGUGGUAGAGACUGUGAGUAUGGCACCGCACCGCGACAGUCACAAUCAAGAGGGAACGCUCAACACCGUGACAGCCUUGACUGACUUCAGCAAUGGUCAGGUAUGGGCGGAAAAGAAGGAGGUGGACUACAGCCACGGCGAUGUUUGGAGAGAAACAAGGCCCGGACAGUGGAAACGAGGAGUUCUACAUGAAUUAGCUCCAGGGAAGGCAGUGUCGUUUCCCCCUGGGCAAUGGCAUCAAACAGAGCCAUGGGAAGGACGCCGAGUCGUCCUCCUCACCUACACCCCCCGCCUCACUCAUUUGAGUGAAGAAAAUGAGAAAGAGUUGCGGGGAUUGGGCUUUGAUCUACCGCCUCGGGAAGACAAACUACCACGUGCUGAUGAGGAUGAGGCCAGUCCAUCGAUGUUUACCCCACCUCGGGAGGAGGAUGAGACUACGUGGUACUCAGGUUUGGCUAGGCUAAACGAGGAUCAGAAGGAUCUACUUGAAGAACUACAAGAACGGGCAACCACCUUGAGGCGCCUAUUAGAAGAGGAAGAGAUUCUUCUGAAAGAGUACCGUCGUAUGGGGAGGCAAGUCACUGAGGAGGCAAGCCACACGCACCAGCUGCUCAUUGACAUGAUUGAGCAAACGGCGGAUGAGAUCACCCGGGCCGAGCGAGAAGAAGCGACAUGCUGUCUGAAGGGCAUUAUGUCUGAACCUUCGGAGGGACCGGAUGUUGAGGACAUAGAAAAGCACCUCAGUGAACUUGAAGGAGAACUACAAGUGGUCUUGAAUGUGCCUUUGGAUCAAGUCAAAAAGAACAUCCAGGUGUGGCUUCCAGCCAUUGACAAGGAGCUCGAGGUGCUGUUCAAGAAGGGAGGAAAUGCCACGUUGAGGAAGAUUCCCUUGAAGGAAGCAAAGGAACGUGAACGACGAGGCGAACUUACUAUCGUGCCAAGCAAGCUUGUAUUUACAUGCAAGCCCCCAAAUCAAGGAGAAGCACCCAAGGCCCAGGAUGGGGCGACGCCAAAGGAAGGCAAGGCGAGAUGGAGAAGGAAGUGUCGCCUUGUUCUGUGCGGCAAUUUUGCCGAAAGACCAGAAGGACAAAGCCAGGCCGAGCUCUACGCUGCAGGAGCUUCAGCAGACUCCAUGCGAGUAGCCCUUACCCUGGCGAGCGUUUGCUACUGGGCAGGGGCAGGCUCCGAUAUCAAUGGAGCAUUUCUUCUGGCUCCUUGGCCAAAGCACAUGAGGAGAUACGCGACAGUCCCGGCGAAGACAUUCAUCAUGGCCAAAAGGGCUUCCGAGGAUGAAGCAUGGGAAGUCGAUCGGGCAUUAUAUGGCCUGAGGGAAAGCCCGGCUGUAUGGAGUGACUUUAGAAGGCAGCGGCUCAAAGGAGCGAAGGUGCCGUGGAAAAACGGCCAUCUGGUGCUCAAGGCCACCAUAGUCGACCCGGAGGUCUGGAUGAUCCUCUACUGUGUCGAAGGAGCCUCGGACGUGCUGGCAGGCGUCUUGGUGACCUAUGUAGAUGAUUUGUUGUAUCUAGCUGAGGAGCAGGUCAUCAUCACCGUGCACGCGUGGCUUUGUGAAGAAUGGCCGAGCAGCCCUCUGGAGUGGACAACAGAUGGGACAAAGUACCUCGGGGUCGAGAUUGUGCAAAGGGAAGGACAUUUCCUAAUCCCCCAACGUGGAUACUUGGAAAGCUUGGUGAGGAGCUAUGACUUGGAGCCUGGAGAGCAUGUACAUUUGCCGUGCCCUCGAGAAUGGUUGGUUGAUGAUGGUGAUGACGAGCAGGCCACCGAUCAGGAGGAGUAUACCCCUGAGGAGCUAAAACGAGCUCAGAAGGUCACGGGCGAACUCCUUUGGGUCACAAGGGCAAGGCCUGACAUCCUGUUUGUGGUGACGAUGAUGGCAUCAGCAUUAACCAAACGUCCAUGCCAUGUUUACCGAGUGGGCAUGAAGGUGAUGGCAUACUUGGCGGCAUCUGUUGAAGUGCAGCUACAACUUGGAGGACGACAGCCGGUGCAGCAAUCGCAGACAGCGGCAGCAGCAACAGACCCACAAGCACCACAACACUGCGCAAACAUAAGGUUGAGGUUAGAGGGGUUUUCGGACGCGUCUUUCGCGCCGUUUGGAGGCAGAUCCUACGGUGCCUCGGCAAUCUCCCUGAACGGCUCAGUUGUUUCGUGGAAGUGCGGGAAGCAAGCCUUCACUACGAUGUCGGUUGCAGAAGCAGAACUAUACGAAGCAGCGCAGACAACCCUGCUGAUGAAAGGAAUUCACGCGUUGAUCAGCGAGAUUGUCAGCGAGGAGGUGCCCCAAGCGCUGUACGUGGACAACAGUGCCUCAGUAUCCUUGAUUGGAGGUUGUCAAGGGUCAUGGCGGACACGUCACUUGAAAGUAAGAUGUUCUUUCAUCACCGACAUGGUUCAGAAGGGUGAGCUGAUGGUGAAUCGCAUCAGUGGACGGUUUCAGUUGGCAGAUUUGCCAACAAAGCUACAUGGAAAGGUUCGCCUUGCUGAACUUAUGGGCCUUUGGGGAUUCGUUGGCGGUCCCUUGGCAGGAAUCAACAACAGGGUGAAAGUAGCGACCCUGCUGUAUCUCAUCGUGGCCUUGCAGGCCACACCUACAGAGGCUACAGAAGUGAAGGAGGCGGGCGAAAAAGGCGGCGUGAAGCUAGCUGGACUGGACGAGCUUACGCUCGUCACCUUGCUGGUUUGCAUUGCCGCGGUCAGCAUUUGGGAGCUGCUAAAGCGGAUUACAUGCUGGAUGCUGGGAAUCAGAGAAGAGACGACAAAAGAAAGGAGGCUUCGAAGACUCGAGACCUGGCGAGAACCGCAGCUCAGGAGGAGCUGGAUCGCGAGUGCCUGA